UACACCUCCUUCUCGCUCUGUUAUUUUCAAGUAAAAGAUGUACGCGUACUCGUUCGUGGUCAAUUAACGUGUUCCUGAUGAUCUGUGAAUAGUGUAGUGGUUCACCGUGUUUACUGACCAAGUAUGUAAUGCCCGUGAUCGGAACAUAAAGUCGGGUGUGAGUUUCCUGCCGUGCACGUUCGGUUGUUUUGGUGAAUUGUUUUACUUCUUCUUGGGUGGUUGCGGGUUGGUGGCAGGUGAAAAAUAUCCAUCCCACUCCCACCGAAUCGUUGGCCAGUCGUAAAUGUUUUCGCAAUCUUCAUGAUCACUGCUGCGUACCGCACACACAGCCACGGAAUUCCUCACAUACGCUGGAGUUCUGAUGUCAUUCGCGAAAUAUCAGCGCAAAUCCGGUUCGAUUGUUGAGUUUGCGGUUAUUGUUUAUGUUGGUUGGCUGGUGGAGAGUGCUGUUGCUAUAGGCACCAGUGUGUGAUGCUGCAUUGUGUUGUGUUGAUUCACGUUUGAAGGUGUGCUGUGCCUCUGUGUCGCAGUGUGUGUGUGUGCUGCUGGAAGAUUGUUUGGAAUUGAUUGGGUUGGAAUUGCUGGGUCAUAAUAGUUGGGCGCCGUCGUCAUCGUCUCUUGGUCAAAGUGUAUGCGCAUAGUAAACGAGAAGUGUCCACGGGGGAAGUGCAGCCAACUGUAUGCGGUCAACGACGGAUUGCCAGCUGCGUUGGGUGCAUAUUAGUGUGUAGUGGACACGGUCAUCAACGGCUGUACAGUAGUGCGUUCAUGCCCCGGAACGCGAACGCGUGAGCUGAAUAUUACGACGAUCACGGCGGGCACGGUGAAGCAUAAUUCUCCCGUCGAGGCUAUUCGCGGCUGUUCAUGGUUCAGUGAAUUGCAGCAUAAACAACUCUCGUGCAUCGUUUUAAGUCAAGAAACACAGAGAGAGAGAGAGAGAGUGAGAAGACCGCACAAGAAGCAGCCUCCUGAGAACAAAGAAACCGGGGCCAGAAAGUAUAGAAACAACAGAAAAGGUAACCAUAGCAGGCCAAGAUGACGAAUAUGAGACCGCCGAGUAAAAACAUACUGCUAAAAGUGGUCAUUCUGGGUGACGGGAAUGUCGGCAAAAGCUGCCUAAUGAAUCGCUUCGUCUCAAACUACUUUGACGCGAACAGCUUUCAUACGAUCGGUGUGGAAUUUCUGAACAAAGACAUACAGGUGGACCAGGAACGGUAUACCCUGCAGAUCUGGGACACAGCCGGCCAAGAACGGUUUCGUGCGCUUCGGACACCGUUUUACCGUGGCACCGACAUCUGCCUGCUAACGUACGCCAUCAACGAUCGGCUCAGCUUCCGUGCGUUAGCGAGCUGGCGCGAUGAGUUCCUCCGAUACUACGACGUCAAUCCGGACCACUUCCCGUUCGUGGUCGUCGGUACGAAGAACGAUUUGCCACCGGCCCAGCGGGAAGUGACGCCCGACGAGGUUGCCCAGUGGUGCCAGGAGCAUCGCGUGACCGCCUACAUCGAAACGUCGGCCAAAACGUCGGAAAACGUGGCGACCGCAUUCGCGCUGGCGGUGCAGCAGUGGCGAAAGCUGGAACGAUCGACCGAACGGGAAUUGCGGGCCCAGGGCCACGAUACGAUCGAUCUGAUGACGAGCGUUAAUUUGAGCGCGAAUCGUAAUCGGUUCUGUUGUGCCGGGAUCGGUGGUCGUCCAACGACGGCCACCAUGCAGGACGAUGAUGAUUACCCGAACUGAGCGGACGACUCGGCUCGGUGUCGUCGUAGGUGUACGCAGCUUGAUAAUUAUGUGAUAAGAGGGGUUGGGGCUUUGGAGGAUAGAGUGUUGUAUCCCGAACUGGUAGGAUACUGGUUAGUAGGGCCGUGUAAAUUUUAACAGUAGGGCAACGGGCAGUGAAACCCUGAAGAAACGCACAAAAAGGAGUCAAGGGAAUAGGAGAGUAGGUUCCAAGUUCCAUUUCAAAGUUCUGUCGUCAGAAUCGGUCUUUAUAAGCACAGCAAUCGUUCAACUAGCUGCCAGUGGAUGUCCAGCUUUGCGACCAUGGUCUGGUACGAGUGGGACGCGCUUGUAACGCUUUUUACGCCUCAUUACAUACGCGCUCGUGACGACGAUGUGAUGCAGCAUCGUCGUGCUUGUUUGGCUAAAGCUUCAGCUGGCUGAGGUAAUUUUAGCGUCUGUUUGUUUUGCAGACAACCGUCACACACACACACACACACACACACGUGCGGAGAGAAGCACUAUGUAUGACGUUCGACAGCCGGAACACAAUCGGAUUGAUUGUUUUCUGUGUUCUGUGGAGGAACGUGUUCAUUUGCGGGGUGAUUGCCCUUUUGUAUGGUGCGCAAUGAUUUUUUCCCCCUAUAGUGAUACAAUGAUUUGUAUUUGUUCAGUCGAAUUCAUAUGUUUUUUAAACCUUUUUUGCAUUUGAAAUGCGUUGCACUAUUUAUUUACCGCGAUUCGAAUAUGGUUGGAGAAAGUAGUACAGAGAUCAGAGUAGUUGUGAGGGAAAUUUGCUUUUCUUAUUGGACUAGAACCAAAGUUGUUUAGUGUUGUUUUUCUCUCUGAUUCAAAUUUUAUUAUAUUGCUUUGGAAGCUUGCAGAAAAGCGUCCUGAAGGUAGAUAAAUGCUUAUUCAGUCUAACGGCUUGCUGUUAGCACUGUAAUCUCGGCAGGUUUUGGCAAUGAAUUUCUGGAUUUUUAAAUUAUGUCGGCUAGACGUCUUAUUGUCAGAAUUUCUGGAUGUCUUGGGGUUUAAUUUAUCCGUAGCUAGAUACCCUUGGUCUUGGUGUUGGCAGCCUUGCCUAAUUUUUUUUCACCCAUGGGUAGCGUACUGACCUGUGAUUAAACCUUUGAAGUCGUCUAAAAUUUUACCUAUUUUGGUUCGAAAGUCAACAGAGACAACAAAACUGUUUUAAACUGAAAAAAAGUCCACGCAAAUAAUAUUGAAGGCCCAUGUUGAAGGAAUUAAAUCGGAGUGAAUAGGUUAAAGUAGUGAGUUAAAUCUUACACUCACUCUUUAAUAGUUAGGUCUCGAAGAAUGAUUUAACUCUCCGUGCCGACUAACCAAUUACUCACUUUGUUUAAAUUCAUUCACAAAAAUAAUGUAAAGCGAUGGAAAUUGGGGCGGUCGGGUGGCCGAGGCGAUAACGGCGCCGGUCUUCACACGACAGGACCAGGGUUUCAAAUCCCAUCCAGACCGCCUUCCCGUACGUAGGACUGACUAUUUUACUCCGGGUAAAAUCAAGUCACAGAAAGCCAAUAAUGGCAGACCGAGACCUCACGAGGUUGUAGUGCCUAGGAAGAAGAAGAAGCGUCUUCAGCACAAUAUGGCUUGAGCCUCGAUUAAAGACAAAGAUGUUCAGAAGAACGUUUGGUCCCAUACUUGUACAGCAUGUAGGUAAACAAGCUAGGCUUCCUUUGAUUGGUCAUGUCAUGAGAAUGAUGCUGGACGAUUCAAUCCAUGCUGUCUAUUUAGGCCGAACAGAGAGAGAGAGAGAGAGAGAGAGCGUGUUGGAACAAAAUUAAGACAGAAUUAGGUUGUUGAUAAGCCAGAGGCUACAUGAUGCGAGAUGCCAAACAGAUUUCGCUAAAAAGGGGGAGAUUUGCGAAAUUUUUCCGUCAAAAUCAUCUCGGUUCAUCUACCCGCGUUGCUUAGGGCACUUCAUGCUAUCUCUCUCUUCAACCGAAAACUACCAUGGCAACGCAUGGAAAGUGACAGAGAGGGCUAGAGAGAAGCGAAAUCUUUCCGAGAUUUCAGCUCGUGGAGGCGAAAUCUUUUUGACGGAUAGAUUUCGCAUAACCCCCCCUUUUUAGCGAAAUAUUUUUGGCAUCUCGCAUCAUGUAGCCUGGCUUGAUGGGAUAUUAAGCUGCAAGACAACCGGUGGCUAGACGGUAAGCGGACUCGAUUGUAGUCCGGUACGGUAUGUUUUGUAAAACAUACGUAAAAACGUUCCGUGUAGGCUAAACAAAUCUACAACACUAAUUACUGAACGACCACAUACCUUCUUUUGGGUAUAAUUUGUGGGCUAAGUUAUACUGCUUUUGAACCGCACUAUUCGUUGACUCUGGGCAGUCCCGCAAUUCUCUCCGUGUGGCUGUCGAUGUGCAUGGCAUUUUGAGAUUGUUUUUGUUUUAACAACAUGGUUUCUCUCUGCUUGGAUGGUUCUAUUAAGGGGUUUAAAUACUAGCGUGCUUUAUACUCAACCACCACUUUCCCCUUUUUACACUCGACAAGCAAACUAACAUUUCGUACCUGAAAAACUGAUCCAAUGCAAAGCUAGCUACAGCAACGAAACACAGCGCAUACAUCGCAUUUGCAGAGAUUUUUAGCACGUCCGGUCGGUAACAGUAGUCGAAGGGCUUUUUUUUAAUUUAUGCAUCCUUUAUCACCGAACAGAACGCCCAAUACUUUCGAAUAGAAUUAGUGUAGUGGUGUAUUUAAGCUAUUUAACACAUUCCCUACUUCCCCGAUUCCCGUUUUCGUAUUUGUAAGAUAAUUGUAAAGUCCAGUCUCCCUGGUGGCUUCAGUGCAUUUGACCUUUGGUGCUGAUUUUUUUUUGUACAAGUACGGUUUCCCACUCUUGUGGUUUUGCCGAGAAGCGUAGGUUUCGUAAUUUGCACCUGUGUAACAACCGACACCCUGUGAAUUCAUCAAAACGGUCAGUGGACAUCGAGGAGUGAUCGAAUUAGAGUGAGAGAUUUUUUGUUUUAGUAAUUAGACGAUUUUAGAGAGAGAGAGGACGGGAUAUGGUGCAAAAGGUGAGCUGGACGGAUUGGGAUAGAAGUUUUCAAAAAAGGGUAGCGGUAGUUAGGAUCGAAGAAAGACAACGUGAGAUGAGAUGACGCUAUUUUGUAAUGAGAGCAUAUUCAACCUGUAACUGUACAGAGGUAAUACACACACACACUUGUAUAAUAAAGAGCAAAUUAAAACCACA